CCGUGUUAUCGUCAGCCAAUCCGAGCUUUCCUCACGUCGCCAUCUCUUUUUCUCUCGCUGGGAGCGCGCCUCGAGGGAGUCAAAGGGCGCGUGGUAGCGGCUGUAGAUGGAAGUGACUGGGGGCGCGCGCGGGACUGGCGACGUAACCGAGAACGAUAGCUGAAAUUUCAAGCUGUCCCGACGCCGUGUUCGAUUCUUAGGGAUUACGCUGUUUUUUUUUUUGCAUUCAGUUUGCCCUGCGGCUACUAUUGGUUGCUUCAUUCUGUGGUUGGGCCUUGUUGCCGGGUCCUGUCAAUUGCCUGGACUUUUCGCGUGUCGUAACACAGGGAGAGGAGUGUUCCAUUAACCUACUUACAGUGGUUCGGGCCUUGCGUGUCUCUGUUCUCCUCCCCUUGCUUCCACCGGUUACCGGAGGAGGGGAGGAGGGAGGGAGGUAGGCCGCUGCCACCACUGGCUCCAUGCUCACGUUCGCGGCCUUCCCUCCCUCCUCCACCUCCUCAACAUCGGCCCCUCCACCGCGGGGCACCGUGGGAAUUUGCUACCAGGCACUGAGGAAUAAGGACUAAUCUACACCUGGGAGUCCCGGAAACAGAGAUAGUCGCAUAUUUUCAGAAGAAGAAUCUCAUUGGAAUUUAUAAGCAAGUAGCACAAGGCAACUUUCCGCUAUGGAGUCGACAGUUGAUGACGAAGCGAUAGAGAAAUAAAUGAAGGUCAAGUAAGGAAGGUAAAACGAUGCCCAAAGGUGGGAGUUCUAAAACCCCACAGCCAGAAGACUUUUCUCUCAGCUACGACAUGGUGGAGAAACAAACUGGGAAAAAGGAUAAAGAUAAAGUUUCCCUAAAUAAGACUCCAAAAUUGGACCGAACUGAUGGAGGGAAAGAGGUAAAAGAAAAAAACACAAAAAGAAAAUUGCCUUUUUCAGUUGGAACAAAUGGAGAUCAGAAAGAUUCCGAUACAGAGAAGCAGGGCCCAGAAAGGAAAAGGAUCAAGAAAGAGCCUGCCAAUCGCAAGUCUGGGUUGCUUUUUGGGAUCGGUUUAUCUGGAAUACGAGCUGGUUACCCUCUUUCAGAGAGGCAACAAGUUGCCUUACUUAUGCAGAUGACUGCUGAGGAAUCUGUUAAUAGUCCAGUUGACACAACACCAAAGCAUCCUUCUCAGUCUACAGUUGGUCAGAAGGGGACUCCUAACUCUGCCUCCAAAACCAAAGACAAAGUGAACAAGAGAAAUGAGAGGGGAGAAACUCGUCUUCAUCGGGCUGCAAUCAGGGGAGACGCUAGACGAAUUAAAGAGUUGAUUAAUGAAGGUGCCGAUGUCAAUGUAAAAGACUUUGCAGGAUGGACUGCAUUACAUGAGGCUUGUAAUCGUGGCUACUAUGAUGUUGCAAAACAACUGCUUGCUGCGGGCGCAGAAGUGAACACCAAGGGUUUGGAUGAUGAUACACCAUUGCACGAUGCAUCAAACAAUGGUCACUUCAAGGUCGUCAAAUUGCUACUGCGUUAUGGCGGAAAUCCACAUCAAAGUAACAGGAAGGGAGAAACCCCUUUAAAAGUUGCAAACUCUCCAACAAUGGUGAACCUUCUUUUAGGAAAAGGUUCCUACACCUCAAGCGAAGAAAGUUCAACAGAAAGCUCUGAAGAAGAGGAUGCACCUUCAUUUGAACCUUCAAGUUCAGUUGAUGGCAAUAAUACAGACUCUGAAUUUGAAAAGGGUUCCAAGCGUAAAAGCAAGCAUUCGGCGCCUCCCAAAACAACCACACUUGUAAAAGAUGAAUAUGAAUUUGAUGAGGAUGAUGAAGAAGAUCGUAUCCCACCAGCUGAUGACAAGCACUUGCUAAAAAAGGACUUCAAAAAAGAGACAAAACCGAACAGUUCUAUUUCUGUACCUAAAAUGGAAGUAAAAACCUAUUCUAAAAACACAUCUGCACCAAAGAAAGCUGCACGACGCAUUCUGUCAGACACUUCAGAUGAGGAAGGCAAUCCUGUUUCUGUAGGAGCAAGUGAAAAGCUUUUUCUUUCUGCUCACCCAGGCCUACCGAGCAAUAAAUCUAGGGAGCAAGCUGUUGUAAAGCUUAAAGACAAAAGCAAAGUUAAAAAGAAAAGGAAGAAAGACACCAAAAACAAGGAAGUGAGAUAUGGAAAGAAAAAUGACAUUUUCUGUUCCUCUGAAUCAGAAAGUGAAAAUUUAGACAGUGAUGUAGAAAAUGGACUUUCUUUAGAAAGCUCAAACUGUUUAAAGAAUACUGCUGUAGUGCUAAAAGAAGCUUCUUUAUUUAGUUCAUUGUCAGCGUCUUCUGCUUCUUCUCAAGGUAGUUUAACCUCUCAGAAGCACAAUGCUACGAUCACAGACCAGCAGUCUAAACACUGGAGGACAGACAAUUGGAAAACAAUAUCAUCUCCUACCUGGUCUGAUGUUAGUUCGUUGUCAGACUCUACAAGGACGCGGUUAACAAGUGAAUCUGAUUAUGCAUCUGAGGCUUCUAGUUUGGAAUCUGUUAAACAGAUUAAAAAGAAAUCAGAGCACAAAAAGAAAAACAAUUUGCAGAAUAGCAUAUAUGAAAAUAAUUCAUUCCAUUCACAUGAAGAAGGAGUAAUUCCUAAAUUAGACAAAGAAGGCAAAGUGGUCAAAAAACAUAAAACUAAACACAAACACAAAUAUAAAGAAAAAGGACAGAACCAAUCAGCACAGGAUAUUAAAGUUUUAAAAAGCUUUUCAUUUGAGUAUGAAGAUUCUAAGUUAAAAUCUGACAAGACACUGAUUAUAAAUCCUGAUAUCCCAGAGAAACUGAAAGUGUUAAAACAUGACCAUGACCACCUAAGGAAAGAGGAGAAGGGUCCCAAAGUUAAAUCUGAUGAGAAAGCUUGGCCAUUCAGGGAUGAGGCUGUAAAGGCUUUAAAAGAGGAAAGAUCUACAAAAAAAUUAAAGGAUACAACUAAAAGUGACAGAGAACGCUCAAGCAAAACAGAGCGAGAAAAAAAUGUGAAAGAAAAGUCUCCCAAAGAAGACAAAACUAAAACACACAAAGAUGAUAAAAAAAGAAAAAAUAAGGAAAAGUCAUCCAAAGCAGAAAGAAAAGGAGACCUAAAAGUGGAAAAAAAUUCCAAAAAUGAGAAAGAUAAAGGCUUUAAAGAAGAGCGAGAUAAGGGUAAAAAGGAAAAAUCUCAAAAAGAUGAACAUUUAUAUGAAGAAUUGAACAAAAGUAAAUUUUUAGACAAUGAGCAGACAAAAUUUAAUAUUUCUGAUGAUCAGAACUUUUGGCACUCUGAAACAUCCUUAUAUUCCUCAGAAGAUAGUUGGGAUUCUAUGGCAUCCUACAGAGAAAGUACCUCCAUUACCAAGCUAAUAGUUGAAUCAGUCAAGGAAGAAAAAGAUUCCAAAAGCAAGGAGAAGAAGGAAUGUAUUGAAAAACAAACUGAUAAAGACCUUGUCAAAAAGAAAGAUAGAGACCCUUCUGAAAAAAGUUCUGAAAAGAAGAAGGAGCAGGUUGAUAGGCACAAAAGUACUUCAACAUACAUGGUAGAGAGAGAGAGGAAGCGUAAGGAUUCUUUUGACUUUGUUAAAAACCGAAAGGAUAAAGAGAGUAUUGAAUCUACAAGAAGGGAAUCUGUUGGAAGCAAAGAUCGCAAAGACUGUAAAAUAAAGCAAGAGGACCACUACAAAGAAGAUCUUAAAGACAAUGGGAGUGAGGCAUUCAUCAUAGAUAAAACUGAACAAGAGGUAGUUCCAAAAAAUUCGGAGCUGAGGGAAAGGCACCAUUCUGGCAAGGAGAAGAAAGAGCCUUCUGAGAAGGAAAAAAAAGAAAAGCUAAGGCUUGAAAAACACAGAGAAAAAUCAAAGGACUCUGAAAGAGAGAGAGGCGAAAAGGUGAAGGAGAAAGAAACAGAUAAAGGCAUCAGAGAGAAAAAAGAACCAAAAGAAAAGUAUAAAGAAUUGCAUAAAGAUCGGAAAACUUCUUCGGAACAGAAAAUUGAUAAAAAAGAGAGAAAUACAUCCUUUGAUCAUGAUAAAAGAAAACAUUGGUAUAAUAUAGCUGAUAUAUUCACAGAUGAGAGUGAAGAUGAGUCAGAGCAAUAUAUUCCUACCUUCAAAAUGACUGAAGGAUUCGGUAAUGAACUGCACAGAAUGGAUGGUUACGAACGGGAGAUUUUGUAUCCAGAAAAGGAGUCUUUGCAGUCUGAAAAACACAGAAAAUAUUCUAAUGACAAGCAGCAUUCAGGAGAAAAACAGAGAGAGCGUGACUUCAAAGAGAAGAAAAAGGAGAAGAUACAAAAUGACGUAGGGAGAGAGAAAAAAGACAAGAACAAUGCAGAAAAACAUAAAGACAAGAAGGAUAAAGAUUCUGUGGAAAAGUCCCGCAAAGAAAAGGUUUUGUUAGAUUCAAAUCAAGACAAGAAAUGUAAGCAAAAAGGACUGAAUGAGAGAGAGAAGCACAUCAAUGAAGAUAAAGCUAAAAACAAACAUAAGGAUAAAUUUGAAAAGGAUCAUUUUAAGGAAAGAAAAUUUUCAAAAGGUGAAGCAGAAAAAAGCCUUUUGGAAAAACUUGAAGAGGAGGCACUUAAUGACUAUAAGGAUGAUUCAAAUGAUAAAAUUAGUGAAAUAUCUUCUGACAGUUUCACAGAUAGGGCUCCAGACCCAGCCCUAACAAGCAUGUUUGAUACUUCUAUACACACAAGUAUAGAAGCAUCAGAAGAUAAGUUUAAAGAUUCCGUACCUUUGCACUGUUUAGUUGAAAAGCUCAAAGAUAAAGAGAGAAACAGGCAUUCCUCCUCAUCAUCUUCAAAAAAGAGCCAUGAUAAGGAUAAAAUACGAAAGGAGAAAUCGGAUAAAAAGUCAGAAAAAUUGGAUGAUGUAAAGGAUCCCUAUAUUAUGAAAGAAAUACUGCAAUUUGAUAAGGAAACACCCCUACCAGAUGGUGAUGCACAACUUUUGCUCAGAAAUGAGCUUGAAGAAGAAGUUGAUAGACGUGAGGACUGUGUGUUCCCUUCUGAGAAAGACAAACAUGAUCUGGAGCGUGAGUCUUCUAAAAAGUCUGAGCGUGAGAAGGGUUGUAGUACCACCUCUUCUGUAGUAAAAGAUAAGAAAAAGAAAGAGAGGCAGCGUGAAAAAAGCAAAGAUGAAAAACAUAAAGACAAACAUUUGGAAGCAUUUUUUAAGCAUCAUCGAGAGGAGCAAAAAAAUAUAAGUGAAAAGGAGUUGCCACAGGUUGUUCAAAAAGACAAGUCAAAGGAUGAAGUGGUAAAAUGUGGAGAGAUAAAGCUAAAAGAGAAAACUAAAGAAAACGAUAAAGAGAAAUCUGACUCUUUCCGAAUAAGUAAUGGAAAUGAGAGAGUAAACCAAGUAAAGGAAUCCAGCAAAAAGGACAUUAGACCUAGAGAAAAACUUCUGGGUGAUGGAGACCUGAUGAUGACUAGCUUUGAAAGAAUGCUUAGCCAAAAGGACCUAGAAAUAGAAGAGCGGCAUAAACGUCACAAAGAAAGAAUGAAGCAAAUUGAAAAAAUGAGGCAUAGGUCAGGAGACCCUAAAUUAAAAGACAAAUCAAAGUCUGAAGAUUUACGUAAACGAAGUUUAGACUCCUCCUCCAAAAAACCACUAAUUACAGAUUCUGUACAAAAAGAUAAAAAGGCAAAAGAGUUGAAUUUAACAAUGUCAGAAAAUAAAGUGCAGCCUGUAGUAUGUAAUGAUUCUAAAGACUGGCUAAAUGGUCCACAAACAAAGGAAAUUCUUACUGCAUCUCCAAGGCCAGAUCAAACCCGUCCAACAGGGGUCCCUACUCCAACAUCUGUGAUCUCUUGUCCAAGCUACGAGGAAGUGAUGCAGACUCCAAGGACACCCUCAUGCAGCACUGAGGACUACCAGGAUCUGUUUGAGUGUUCAGAUACACAACAUUCUUUACCAGUGUCUACUAUGUCUAUGAAUGCUUGUUCACCAACAUUUUUUGACAGAUUCUCAAAUACAUCUAGUGGAAUUGUGGAGAAUCCUAGCCAAACACCAACUAGGUCAGUUUCUUCUGCCAGCCGUAGUCGAUCUGUUGACAUUAAAAGAGCACCUGAAGAUGAAUUCCACUUAUCUGAAAAGUUUUUUAGACAACAAAGUGUUCCAGUUUCUGCAAACUUCUGUUCUAGUCAGCUGUCAAUGGAUGACCAGGUUCCUUUACCUGGUCUCUCUGCCGAAAAAUUUCCUUGCCUUUCUCCAGGUUAUUACUCUCCUGAGUCCAGGGCUGAAUCUCCUGGUGUUAAUAAAUCGGUAUCAGUAGAUGGAGACAAUAUUGCUGUUUCACCAGAACCUGUUUAUUCAUGUCUACCUGAAAAGUUAUCACCAUCAGAUAGAGAUGAUUUACUAGAACCUUCCACAGAAAGCGACAUUCCUCCAACUGAGUUACCCCUUCCCUGUGAUUCUGCAGAAGCGCAAAAAGCCACCGAGUCCAUUCUUCCUCAAGAAGAGAGUUUUUCACCUCCUGAAUCUAACUUUAUCACACAAGAAUCCUAUCAACCACCUGAAAAUAACUUUAUGCCAAAUGAAAAUAGCUUUACUGCAGAAUCUGACUUUAUGCCUCAGGAAUCCAAUUAUUUACCCCAAGACACCACUUUUUUACCUCAACAGUCAAGCUUUAUCUCCCAGGAGUCAGGCUUUUUGCCACCAGAACCUGCCUAUUUAGCUCCUGAGCAAAGCUUUGCAGUUCAGUCUGAGCCUGAUUUCGCCCCCACUGAAACAGCAUAUUUGCCAGAUGAUGCUGUUUUCCACCGACAGCAGACUGAAAGCACUUUCCUAACACCAGAACAAGCUUUUAUGCCUCCCCCAUCAGAAUCAAAUUUUCUUCCAUCGGUUGAGGAAAAUGCAUUUUGUUCCAGCAUUUCAGAUCAGAACCUAGGAUGGUCCAGUUCUCCUGUACAGAACUCUGAAUCUACAAUACCGACUAAUCUCCUUGGAAACACCUUAGAACAUCCUAUCAGCUGGGCAGUUGGGUCUGAUUUAUUGAAGUCUCCCCAAAGGUUCUCUGAGUUACCUAGAAAUAUUUCUUCAUCCGACAAAGGCAUUGUUGCUGCAGUUCCUUUUAUUCCUUCAGAGUCCCCAUAUCCAGCUUCUCCAAUAUCCCAACCAAUGUCAGAACAAGCUCCAGAAGGAAAUAAAAAUGAAGUAGAUGAUAUACCCCAGCCAGAUGGUCAGGCUCCUUAUAUGUCUCCUACACCACUUGCAUCUUUUUUUAACAACUGCAGACAAGAGGAGCCUCAGUCACUGUCAGAAGAGUCUCUUUGUUUAACAAAUGAGGCUCAGACAGAGACAAUGGAUACUGAGAACAAUAAUUACACAGAGCCCAGUGACAUUCAUCCUCCUAAUGCAGAAGAGCCAGAAUCAUGGUCUGAUCCAUUUCCAACUGCUGAUGAUGAUUUAGAUCUUGGGCCAUUUUCUUUGCCAGACCUUCCAUCCCCACUUAAAGAAGAUGCAGAUGAUCUAAUUGUUAGGCAGCAGAUGGUUGCCGGAAGUCCAUCCAUAGCCCAUAAUGAGUGUGACACAAGUGACACCAACCCUGUUGUCAAUUUCCAGGGAGCUCUAACUACAAAUGAAACUGAUAAUGUGAUUGAUGUGGAAAAGAAUUUACAAAUUUGUGAGCAGAAGAGUGACCAUACAGAAGACGCAUCUAAAGAGUCUAUAAAAGAUGCAACAAACAACUGUAAGUCUGACUUUGAGUCUGUAACUUUUUCACAAUCAUUUGCUCAGUUACCUUUGCCAGAGCAAGCUGAGAGGGAACAACAGAUAAAUCUUCCUCUGAAUGACAAUUUGCAAGAAUGCUUAGGAGCACCAGAAGACUCUUGCAAGUCAAUGCAAGAAUGUAAACCUGUUGAAAGCGUUGGUCAUGAUCCACCUACAAAUAGUGAAACUCCGUUAAUAAGCAUCACCACAGAAGCCCCAGAGCAAACUGCAAAAAUUAUAGUUGAUGUUCCCAAAGUACCCAAAGUUGAAGAAGUACCUCAACGGAUGACUCGUAAUAGGGCUCAGAUGCUUGCUAAUCAGAAUAAACAAAAUGCAUCUGCUGUAGAGAAGGAGAUGCCUGCAGUUACAGUGCCAUCUACACGUGGAAAGAGUAGAACCACAGAGGAGGAAGAAUCACAAACCCAGCACCCACGCAAGCGAAAGCUUCAAAAACCUAACCAACUACAACAGCAGAUUAUAAGUAACACAAGCCAACAGACUAGAGAGAUGAUUCAACAGACAUUGGCUGCCAUUGCUGAUGCUAUAAAACUGGAUGACAUUGAGCCAUAUCACAGUGACAGGUCAAACCCAUAUUUUGAGUAUUUGCAAAUAAGAAAGAAGAUUGAGGAAAAGCGGAAAAUCUUGUGCUAUAUCACACCACAGGCUCCUCAGUGUUAUGCAGAAUACGUGACAUAUACUGGAUCAUAUUUGUUAGAUGGCAAACCUCUCAGCAAACUUCACAUUCCAGUGAUUGCACCACCACCGUCGUUGUGUGAGCCUCUCAAAGAGUUGUUUCGGCAACAAGAAGCUGUGAGAGGGAAGCUUCGCUUGCAACACAGCAUUGAACGGGAAAAGCUCAUAGUGUCCUGUGAGCAAGAGAAUCUACGAGUUCACUGCAGAGCUGCCAGGACAAUAGCCAACCAGGCUGUGCCUUUCAGUGCCUGCACCAUGCUGCUGGACUCAGAAGUGUACAAUAUGCCUUUGGAAAAUCAGGGAGACGAAAAUAAGUCUGUCCGAGAUCGCUUCAACGCUCGUCAGUUCCUUUCCUGGUUGCAAGAUGUUGAUGACAAGUAUGACAGGAUGAAGACUUGUGUAUUAAUGAGACAGCAGCACGAAGCUGCAGCCUUGAAUGCAGUGCAAAGGAUGGAGUGGCAAUUAAAGGUGCAAGAGCUGGACCCAACUGGUCAUAAAUCUCUGUGUGUUAAUGAGGUUCCCUCGUUCUAUGUGCCAAUGGUGGACGUUAUUGAUGACUUUGUGCUCUUGCCGGCAUGACAAGGCGGAUGACCAGUCUUUUUGUUUUGUGUAUUUUUUUUUUUAACCUAUAAAUGGUAAGGGCCGGCCCCUUUGGCUGUGAACAGCUCAGAUUUCUCUUGCAUCUUAUUGCUUGCUUAUGAAUCCGCUGCUUAAGAGGAGGAAGCAUCUUGGUUCACAAGAAUGGAAACAAUAUAGAAUUGCACUUUUCUCACAGCUUAACCCCAGCACCCCUUCUGGAAGCGCCACCAUAGGAAGGUCACAGAUAUGGACAGAUGGAACAGAGCAAGGGAUCAAGGACAUUCCAUGUGUGCAUUUAUCUGUACAUGUGUCUGCAUCUACUAAAUAAUACUGGCCAUGGACACACACAACUUCCUUUCAUUUGUUGGAAGUAGAUGCAGCUUCCGUUUUUUUUUUUUUUUUUGACUUUUUGAUUAUUUUCAGCUGCAGGUCAAGGAAUCUGAGAAUUACUACGGACCUACACCCCCUUGAUGUUUUGUUUUCUCAUUAUAAACAUCUUUACACAGGAUGAAAUGCUGACUACCUUAAGCCAGCCUGAACAUCUAUAGACCUCACUUUAAAAUCGGUGAUAGUUUAAAUCAAUCUUCUUCGCCUGUAAAUGCACUAAAAAAAUAAAUAUAUAUAUAUAUAUAUAUAUAUAUAUAUAUAUAUAUAUAUAUAUAUAUACAAAUACUUUCCCCUGUUUGUUAUAUAUAUAUAUAUAUAGAAUUAGGUCACUGCUGUCUCUCCCCCAUGCUGUGGAAUGUGCAGCUCCGUUUAUAAUAACCCGGUUAGUUUUAUUGUUAUUUUUAUGUUCCCCUUUUAAGCUUGGGCAUUUUGUUUCUCGAUUCAGAGGACAUAACUUGAAACACUACAGAGCCAAUACUCCUAUAUGUAAAAAAUAUAUAUAUAGAAAAAGGAAAAAAAUCUGGUAAAUGCUGUACAGUUUUUAUACACAUUAUCCAAUGUACUUUUGCUGCCUUCUAGAUAAAUUAUUUUGCAAACACAUUACUGCACAGUUGUAAAUAACUUAUGUACUGUAACAUCACUUUCAGUUUUGUGUAAAGAAAUAAAUACAUUUAAAAAUGUU